UAUGGGGCAGGACCCCCAGAUCUAUGGGGCAGGAUUGGGGUCAGGACCCCCAGAUCUAUGGGGCUGGGACCCCCAGAUCUAUGGGGUUUGAUGGGGACCCCCAGAUCUAUGGGGCUGGAUGGGGACCCCCAGAUCUAUGGGGCAGGAUUGGGGUCAGGACCCCCAGAUCUAUGGGGCUGGAUUGGGGUCAGGAGACCCCCAGUGGCACCCAUGUGACCAAUGACGUCAUCAUGAGCAGCACCUCCAACAUGGCUGACCCCACCAAGAUGGCCGCCAGCGACGUGACAGACCCCACCAAGAUGGCCGCCAGCAACAUGGCCGCCGCCACAACCAACAUGGCCACACCCAAUAUGGCCGCCGCCACAACCAACAUGGCGGCCAGUUCCAAGACGGCGGCUGCCCCAACCAACAUGGCUGCCACAAACAACAUGGCGGCUACCGCAUCCAAAAUGGCCGCCGCCAAGAUGGCCGCCGCCACAACCAACAUGGCCGCCACAUCCAAUAUGGUCGCUCACACCCCCAACAUGGCGUCUGCCACAAACAAGAUGGCCGCCACAACCAACAUGGCCGCUCCCUCCACCUUCAUGGCCACCCCAACCAACAUGGCCGCCCCCAAUAUGGCGGCCGCCACACCCAACAUGGCCGCCACACCGGAAACGCUCCGCGCUCUACUUCCGGUCCCCCAGCUCCGCAGCCUGGCUCGCCAUUGGCUGCACGAAGACUGCCCGGGAUUGGACCCGGCCGCCAUGUUGGUCGGCCUGCAGCCAAUCAGCGCCCGGAUCGUCUGCAAGUCACGUGGCCUGUUAGCCGGCCUCCCAUUCGUCGACGCCAUCUUGGACGAGCUGGGUUGCUCCGCCCAAUGGCGGCUGCCGGAGGGGAGUCACGUGACGCCGAACGCGGAAGUGGCGCUUCUUAAAGGGCCAGCAGCCCAUAUUUUACAAGGGGAACGGACCCUAUUGGAUGUAUUGAGUCGGUGCAGCGGGACGGCGACGGCCGCCAUGAUGGCGGUGGAGGUCGGGAAGGCUUUAAAAUGGCCGGGGGUGAUCGCUGGGACCAGGAAAACGACGCCGGGUUUUAGAUUGGUGGAGAAAUACGGCCUGAAAGUGGGAGGAGCCGACACGCAUCGAUACGACAUCGGGGGGAUGCUCAUGGUCAAGGAUACGCACAGGGAUGCGGUAAAGGGAGGGAUGAAGGAGCUGGUGUUAUCAGCUCGUAGAGCCGCCGGUUUCAGUCGCCGCCUGGAGGUGGAAUGUGGAAGCGCAGCCCAGGCCCUACAAGCAGCAAAAUAUGGGGCAGACAUCGUCCUAUUGGAUAACAUGGAGCCGCAGGAGCUUCAUAAGGCGGCGGCGGAGGUGAAGGCUCAGCACCCAUGGGUGCUGGUUGAAGCCAGCGGGGGGAUCACGCACGAGACCCUGCCCCAAUUUAUGGGACCGAAUGUGGACGUGGUUUCUAUGGGGUCCCUGACCCACAGCGCCCGCCCCAUUGAUUUCACAUUGAGGGUGGUGAGGGAUUAGUGGGGUCUCUAUGGGGUUAUGGGGUUUCUAUGGGGCUCUAUGGGGUCUAUGGGGCUCUAUGGCGUC